AGCAACCAGUUGCAUUUGACAGACCUUAUGCAUGCUGACGGAGAGAAGGCAAACCAGCAAACCAAGCAGUGAGCAUUUAGGAGAACUUGCUUUAGAUUUUUUUCACUGUGAGUGCUUUUCAUUAAAUAAUUGGCUGUGAAAAAUGCAGACAAGUGAUGCCAUGAACUCUGGACAUUUCCACAUAGUCACCCCUACAAUUGAGAGCUCUGCAAUGUCAAAACUGCUGAACACUAAAGUUUAUCUUAAACUAGACAACUUGCAGCCUUCGGGAUCUUUCAAGAUGAGAGGACUUGGACAUUUCUGUAGAAAGGUUGCUACAGACGGUUCCAAGCAUCUUGUCUGUCCAUCAGGUGGCAAUGCAGGACUAGCUGCUGCCUAUGCUGCUAAGAAACUUGGGAUCCCAGCAACAAUUGUUGUCCCUCAGUCAUGCCUAGCUAACACACUUGAGAAACUAAAGGACCAAGGGGCCACCGUAGAUGUAGUCGGAAGGGUUUGGGAUGACGCAAACCAGCAUGCUCAGAAAUUGAUAGAGAAAGAUGGAUGGGUCUAUGUGCCACCAUUUGACCACCCUUUCAUUUGGGAGGGUAAUGCAAGCAUUGUAACAGAGCUCAAGAGUGUGCUCACCUCUAAGCCAGGUGCAAUUGUCCUAUCUGUUGGUGGAGGAGGUCUUCUCUGCGGAGUCAUCCAAGGCCUUCAUGCGGUUGGCUGGUCUGAUGUCCCUGUUGUUGCCAUGGAAACUAAAGGAGCUGAUAGUCUGAAUGCAACAGUAAAGGCUGGAAAACUGGUCUCAAUUCCAGAUAUCACAAGUAUAGCAAAAUGUCUUGGCGCAAAGAAAGUUUGUUCAAUGGCUUGGAAGAAUGUUCAGGAUUAUAAUGUCAUCUCUGAAGUCAUCACGGAUGAAGAUGCAGUUCGAGCAAUGGAGCAGUUUUUGGAUGAUGAGAAAAUGUUGGUACAACCCGCAUGCGGAGCAGCACUGGCGUCUGUAUACAGUGGUGUCAUUCAGCGACUUCAAAGGGAAGGACGACUCAGGCAGGAUUUGGAAUCCCUUGUUGUUAUUGUCUGUGGAGGAAGCAACAUGACAUUAGCUCAACUUCUAGCUUACAAAAGACAAUUUGGGUUGGACUGAUCUCUUCUAGCAAAAGUAGUUCUCAAUUCUGUUGAAAACCUGUGCCCUCAUCUUGAUAACCUUAAUUUAUUUUUUAACCUAUUAAUCAUGUUUCUGGGUGUCUUUAUUGGUCAAUUUGCUUUUCUGUUAAGUGAUUAUUGGGAAUGUAAGUCAAUCUUGGUCCAUGCAAAUUUCUGAACAAUUAUUAGAAUUAUAGCCACAUGUUUGGCCAGUACCUUUGUAAAAGCCUGUCUGGGAGGUGUGUUAGAUGGUGAGUGAGGGCAUUAGCAGAUUUUAAUGAUCAGUGUCCUGUCAGUGUCCUGACUAGAUAAAACAAAAAAAAAAAAAAAAGGAAAGCUGGAAUUAAACACAUUUCUACAUUUUGUUGUAGUAGACAUUUAUUAAUUUUACAGUCUUAUUGGCUGCUUUGUUAAUCUGCAAAGUAAUUAUGUGGCAAUAAAUGCUUUAAAUUACUUUAAUAAAAGCUGUGACUGCUGUAGGAGAAAAUGUUUUCCUAAUUUCAAAAUACUAUUGCUCAUAAAAACACUAUAUUUAGUUUUGUUAUAGAAAAGAUUGUAAUAAAGCAUACCAGAAAAUA